CAAUAAGAUCUUGUAGGAACCACAGCAACAAUUUAUAAUAUAAAAAAUGUUGGCAAAGGCUACUCUAGUCAUCACACUCUUCGCUGUAGUGAUCGCACGGCCUCAAGGUCACGACCAACACCACGGUCACGGUCACGCCAUCUCCUCACAGAGUGUCGUACUGCACCACACGCACGAGACCGUAUACCCUGUACACCACGAGGAGCACCAUGAAGAGCAACACAAGGAACAAGACAAGAAACAUGAACAGAAGCACCAUGAACACCACCAUAAAGAACACCACCACAAAGAAGACCACCAUGAGAAACACCAUCAGGAGAAACACCACGGCCACGCCUCCUCCUCACAGAGCAUCAAACAGCACCACGGAAAAGCUACUGAAAAACACGUCGAAUAUUACUCCCACCCUAAGUACGAGUUCGCGUACAAAGUAGAGGAUCCUCACACCGGUGACAAGAAGUCCCAGCAUGAGUCCCGCGAUGGUGACGUCGUGAAGGGCGUGUACAGUCUGCACGAGCCCGACGGUACUGUCAGGAUCGUGGAGUACCACGCUGACAAGAAGACUGGAUUCAACGCCAACGUCAAGCAUGAGGGUCACGCUAAACACAUUGUUCCCGAGCACCACCACCACCAUUGAUUUAAAAAAGUAUUUUGUAAAUAAGAACUUGUUAAAAAGUAUAAAUAUUGUGUUGUUAUGAAUUUGUAAUAAAUAAUUUAGUCAUUAUGUAAAAGACCUUUUUAAUAAAUGUAUCAAACCAAAACCUACCUUUGUGGAUAUACAAACGUAUUUAGUAGAUAGUUAGGAAGGGUGAAGUAUAAAUUAUUAUACUAUACGUUAACAAUACGAACUCUUUACGCAGUCAAAUAAGAUUCCAAAACAUUCAAAAGAGCUUCCCUUAACUCUUGUGAUAAUUACGUCAACAGUGAAUCAAAUCGCGUUUAGAAUAAGCCUAAUGUAAACAUGUAGUAAUGAGAUGUUAUUGAAACAAACAGAGCGUGAAUUGCAGAUAAACUUUAUUUUUAUCAUGUUACAAAUUUAAUCAGACAGUGAAAAUUCACAUAUCGUGUUCAAUUGAACCUAUACAGUGGAAAAAUCCCAAUAGCUUGAUACUUCCUAGUGUUAUGAUUAAAAAAAACCGGCCAAGUGCGAGUCGGACUCGCCCAUGAAGGGUUCCGUAACAGCAAGUAGAUGACAUAAUAUAAAAGUUAUAAAAUAACUUGGUUUUACAUAGUGUUUGUAUGAACGACAAAGUUAUAUUUGCGGUUGAUGAAAAUGUUUUAUUUCUUAAAAACUAAUAAUGAUAUCUGGUUCAAACCAAUUUUCGUUGUUAGUUUCUAUUGAAAUCUACAGCAUAUAUUUUUUUUUAGUUUUCUCACUCUCUUAUUUUAAAAGUUAGAGGGGGGGGGACACAAAUUUUUCCUCUUUGGAAGCGUCUAACUUUCAAACGGUUGAUUUUGACGAAAAAUAGUUUGAGAAACCUUAAUGUCUUUUUUAAAGAUCUAUCCAUAGACACCCGUCAUGGAUAUGUUAGCUGAAAAAAUAUUUUUUUUCAAUCAGUUCCAUGUAGGUAUGGAGUGUCCCCCUUUAAUUUUCAAAUUUAUUAAUUUUUAUUCAAAAUUCGAAUAGCGGUUACCGGAAUACAUCAACCUACAAAGUUUCAACUAUGUAGGCCCAAGAGUUUCGGAAAUAAAUGGCUGUGACAUACGGACGGACGGACGGACAGACAGACAGACAGACAGACAUGACGAAUCUAUAAGGGUUCCGUUUUUUGCCAUUUGGCUACGGAACCCUAAAAACCCUGGGUGUUUUUACUGCGAGGAUCGCCCAUAGGACACGGUGGAACAUACGGUGGCGGUGUGCUGUGCAUGGGCUGAGUACCAGCGUGUUCCCAGGGAUGUGGUCGGGGACUUAUCCUUUUGAAAGUGUCAGUAAAUCCUUUGAAGGCAACGGUUGAAACCUAUCCAAUAAAAACGACAAAUAAUAGUGUUAUGUCAUGCAAACUACAACUUGGCAUAUAAGCCAAAUUUAUUUUAUAAUUUUUACGAAACCAAUACUUGUCAUAAAACGUGUAUGAUCUAUGAAUUAUUUAAUUGAGAGAAAUCAAUAUUAACCUCGACAAACGUAAUUUCAAUCUUGUAUAAAAGACUUGUGGAUUAGGAACAAAGUAUCAGUACAGAUCUGAUCUUCGUCUUAAAGCAGUAACAAAAUCUC